AUGGAUAAACCCUGUUCAUCUGGAAGAAAAUCGAGCUGUCCAUCGGAGCAAAUUGGCAACGAGCUAGGUGUGGAGUGCAUUCGAUUUCCUUUGUUUUGGCAUCAACCGAUGAAGAGAAGACAAAAAUGA